UUUUUCUGUAGCAGUGAAAGAAAAGCAGAAGCAGCCAGUCUGAAUGCUGUGUUUUUAGUGCUCUGGAAGUGCUUCUCUUGUGCAACUGGGCUGAGGGGGAGCGUUGUUUUUUUUCCCAACGUCACUGCAAUCAGAUAUAUGGGUGCAGCUCUGCUUUACCGCAGCAUGAUGCAGUUGUGUAUAGUUCAGCGCGCUCUUCUUGGAAACAGGCGGAAGGAGAGCAGCUGACCAGAGCAUGCAGAGGAUAUUCCUUAGAGAGUGGGCUUUUUUCCUAAAGCUAAACAGUACGUGUGAAAUUCCUCCAGCUGCAGAAGAGACGGUUUCAGCGGGGCUUCAAGUUGAUACUUGGUUCACAAGAGGAGGCGCAUACGCUCGGGCUGUCAGCUUCUGAUGGAAAAAAAGCUUCAGACAGACAGACUGCACGUUAUUAAAAGCACAGCUCAGACACCCUUCGGGAAGAUACUCUAACUGUGCUUAUGGAACAAGUGCUGUGGUGCUGCAUAUGCCUUAACUGACCGGCAGAAAUUUGCCCAGUUGUGGAAUGGAAUAAAUGAAAAUACAUACUGAGGGGGUGAGGGAAUAAAAUACUCUGCAGAUAGAAUUAAGCACGAGCCCCGGAGGAAGAGCAAAGGACAAAAAUCUCAUGGUGUGUUUUUGUUGUUGUUGAGCUUUUUUUUUUUUUUUUUAAUGAGCUUACCUACCAUGAACGGAAGAAGUGGAUCUGCGGAGACUUCAUUUCCUCCUCUGACCCCUCGUUUACAUCACUAACUGGUGACAGUCACAUCUACAUACAUAGUACCUGCCACUUCAGCUGCUCAGAAUUAUAGAAGCCUCUUUGUAUGCAGCAGACAUGGCUAGCCAGCAGGAUUCAGGCUUCUUUGAAAUCAGUAUCAAAUAUUUACUGAAAUCCUGGAGCAAUACUUCUCCAGUUGGUAACGGAUAUAUCAAGCCACCUGUCCCACCUGUUUCUGGUACACAGAGAGAAAAAGGACCUCCAGCCAUGUUGCCUAUCAAUGUUGACCCAGACAGUAAACCAGGCGAAUAUGUCCUGAAGAGCUUGUUCGUUAACUUUACUACUCAGGCUGAACGCAAGAUUCGCAUCAUCAUGGCAGAACCUCUUGAGAAGCCACUGACCAAAUCUCUGCAACGAGGAGAAGACCCCCAGUUUGAUCAAGUAAUAAGCUCAAUGAGCUCACUUUCAGAAUAUUGUCUACCCUCUAUCCUGCGCACUUUGUUUGACUGGUAUAAAAGACAGAAUGGCAUAGAAGAUGAAUCUCAUGAGUACAGACCAAGAACAAGCACUAAAUCCAAAAGUGAUGAACAGCAGAGGGACUAUUUAAUGGAGAGAAGAGAUCUGGCUAUUGAUUUUAUUUUUUCUUUAGUAUUAAUAGAAGUUUUGAAACAGAUUCCACUUCAUCCUGUAAUAGACAGUUUGGUACAUGAUGUUAUUAACUUGGCUUUCAAGCACUUUAAGUACAAAGAAGGGUACCUUGGUCCUAACACUGGAAAUAUGCACAUUGUUGCGGAUUUGUAUGCAGAAGUAAUAGGUGUUCUAGCUCAAGCAAAGUUUCCUGCUGUAAAGAAGAAAUUUAUGGCAGAGUUAAAAGAGUUACGGCAUAAAGAACAAAGCCCAUAUAUAGUUCAAAGCAUUAUCAGUCUUAUAAUGGGAAUGAAAUUCUUUCGCAUUAAGAUGUAUCCUGUGGAGGACUUUGAAGCUUCUCUUCAGUUUAUGCAGGAAUGUGCACAUUAUUUCCUUGAAGUUAAAGACAAAGAUAUCAAGCAUGCACUGGCAGGACUGUUUGUUGAAAUUCUUGUCCCCGUAGCUGCUGCUGUUAAAAAUGAAGUGAAUGUCCCCUGUCUGAGGAACUUCGUUGAAAGCCUGUAUGAUACAACACUUGAACUUUCCUCACGAAAGAAGCACUCAUUGGCUUUGUACCCUUUGGUAACGUGCCUGCUUUGUGUCAGUCAGAAGCAGUUCUUUUUAAACAGAUGGCAUAUUUUCCUCAACAACUGCCUAUCCAAUCUCAAGAAUAAGGACCCAAAAAUGGCUCGAGUUGCACUGGAAUCUCUGUACAGACUACUGUGGGUUUACAUGAUUAGAAUUAAAUGUGAAAGCAACACGGCUACCCAAAGUCGGCUUAUUACUAUUGUCACAACACUUUUCCCAAAAGGGUCCCGUGGUGUUGUGCCAAGAGAUAUGCCUCUAAACAUCUUUGUGAAGAUAAUACAGUUUAUUGCACAGGAACGUUUAGAUUUUGCAAUGAAAGAAAUUAUCUUUGACUUCCUUUGUGUUGGAAAACCAGCGAAAGCUUUCAGUCUCAACCCUGAGAGAAUGAAUAUUGGUCUGAGAGCUUUCUUGGUAAUUGCUGAUAGCUUGCAGCAAAAAGACGGUGAACCUCCAAUGCCAGUGACGGGAGCUGUCCUUCCCUCUGGAAACACUCUCAGAGUGAAGAAAACGUAUUUGAGCAAAACUCUUACAGAGGAGGAAGCUAAAAUGAUAGGUAUGUCAUUAUAUUAUUCUCAAGUAAGAAAAGCUGUGGACAACAUACUCAGACACCUUGACAAGGAAGUGGGUCGGUGCAUGAUGCUAACCAACAUACAGAUGCUUAACAAAGAACCUGAAGACAUGAUUACUGGUGAAAGAAAACCAAAAAUCGAUCUGUUCAGAACAUGCGUUGCUGCUAUUCCUCGAUUGCUUCCUGACGGAAUGUCAAAACUUGAGUUGAUUGACCUGCUAGCAAGGCUGUCUAUCCAUAUGGAUGAUGAACUUCGACACAUUGCACAGAAUUCUCUUCAGGGUCUACUUGUUGACUUUGUUGACUGGCGGGAGGAUGUACUCUUUGGUUUUACUAAUUUUCUGCUACGUGAAGUGAAUGAUAUGCAUCAUACCCUUCUUGAUACUUCACUGAAGUUGCUGCUACAGUUGCUUACACAAUGGAAGCUUGUAAUACACACUCCGGGAAAAGCUUCUGAACAGGCAAAAAACAGAUCUGCAGAGUUGAUACCAAAUGGAUCCAGCCACAGGAUACAGUCUGAAAGAAGCCCCUAUUCUAAUGUACUGCAUGCAGUCGAAGGAUUUGCACUGGUUCUGCUGUGUAGUUUCCAGGUUGCUACACGUAAACUAGCUGUUUUAAUCCUCAGAGAGAUCCGUGCUUUAUUCCUGGCCCUUGGCCAGGCAGAGGAUGAUGACAGGCCUAUGAUUGAUGUCAUGGAUCAAUUGAGUUCUUCUAUUCUUGAAAGUUUUAUUCAUGUGGCUGUUUCAGAUUCAACAGCAAUCCCAUUAACACACAGCGUGGAUUUGCAGUGGCUGGUGGAAUGGAAUGCCGUCCUAGUAAAUAGCCAUUAUGAUGUGAAAAGUCCUUCCCAUGUCUGGAUAUUUGCACAGUCCGUUAAAGACCCAUGGGUUCUUUGCCUCUUCAGUUUUCUGAGGCAGGAGAAUUUACCAAAACAUUGUCCUACAGCUCUCAGUUAUGCUUGGCCAUACGCUUUCACGAGGCUACAGCUGAUAAUGCCUCUUGUGGAUCCAAAUAUUCCUGUUAAUGCAAAGAAAACAAGUACUGCAAGCAGUGGAGACAACUAUGUUACUUUGUGGAGAAACUAUCUUAUUCUCUGUUUUGGAGUAGCAAAGCCCAGUAUUAUGAGCCCAGGACACUUGCGUGCUUCAACACCAGAGAUCAUGGCUACCACUCCUGAUGGAACAGUGAACUACGAUAAUAAGGCUAUUGGAACUCCAUCUGUUGGAGUCUUACUAAAGCAGCUAGUGCCUUUGAUGAGACUUGAAAGCAUAGAAAUAACAGAAUCGCUUGUAUUAGGAUUUGGAAGAACAAAUUCCCUUGUUUUCAGGGAAUUAGUAGAAGAACUUCACCCACUAAUGAAAGAAGCCCUAGAAAGAAGACCAGAGAACAAGAAACGUCGAGAACGCCGAGAUCUACUAAGACUGCAGUUACUGCGAAUUUUUGAAUUACUUGCUGAUGCUGGUGUUAUAAGCGACAGUACAAAUGGAGCCUUAGAAAGAGAUACGUUAGCCCUUGGAGCCUUGUUCUUAGAGUAUGUUGAUCUGACUCGCAUGCUUCUGGAGGCUGAAAAUGAUAAGGAAGUUGAAAUCCUUAAGGAUAUGAGAGCACAUUUCAGUGCAAUGAUUGCCAACUUGAUUCAGUGUGUGCCAGUUCACCACAGGAGAUUUCUCUUCCCUCAGCAGAGCUUGAGGCAUCACCUGUUCAUCUUAUUCAGCCAGUGGGCUGGACCUUUCAGUAUUAUGUUCACACCACUGGACCGUUACAGUGAUAGAAAUCAUCAGAUUACAAGAUACCAGUAUUGUGCAUUAAAGGCCAUGUCAGCUGUGCUCUGCUGUGGACCUGUAUUUGAUAAUGUUGGUCUUUCCCCUGAUGGAUAUCUUUACAAAUGGCUUGAUAACAUUCUGGCUUGUCAAGAUUUACGUGUUCAUCAGCUUGGCUGUGAAGUUGUAGUCCUGUUGCUAGAACUGAAUCCUGAUCAAAUCAAUCUCUUCAACUGGGCUAUAGAUCGAUGUUAUACUGGAUCAUACCAGCUUGCCUCUGGAUGUUUUAAAGCCAUUGCAACUGUGUGUGGAAGCAGGAACUAUCCUUUUGAUAUAGUGACACUUUUAAACUUGGUGCUGUUCAAGGCAUCUGACACCAACAGAGAGAUUUAUGAAAUUUCCAUGCAACUUAUGCAGAUCCUUGAAUCAAAGCUUUUUGUUUAUUCAAAAAAGGUAGCUGAGCAAAGACCAGGCAGUAUCUUGUAUGGUACACAUGGUCCAUUGCCACCUCUUUACAGUGUCUCACUUGCCCUUCUUUCAUAUGAACUAGCAAGGAUGUAUCCUGAACUUACCCUUCCACUCUUUUCAGAGGUAAGCCAGCGAUUUCCAACAACACAUCCAAAUGGAAGACAGAUCAUGCUUGCCUAUCUGCUACCAUGGCUUCAUAAUAUUGAACUUGUAGAUAACAGACUGCUCCUCCCUGGUUCAAGCCCUACCACUCCAGAAGAUGAACUGAAGGACAAGGAUGGGGAAAUAGCAGUCACAAGUGGACUAAAAGGCAAUGGCUGGGGCUCUCCUGAGGCCACCUCACUGGUUCUUAAUAAUCUCAUGUAUAUGACAGCCAAGUAUGGAGAUGAAAUUCCAGGACCAGAGAUGGAAAAUGUCUGGAAUGCUUUGGCCAACAAUGAAAAAUGGAGUAACAACCUUAGGAUAACACUGCAGUUUCUCAUUAGUUUGUGUGGUGUUAGCAGUGAUACCAUCCUUUUACCUUAUAUAAAAAAGGUUGCAAUAUAUCUAUGUCGCAAUAACACUAUUCAGACAAUGGAAGAGCUUCUUUUUGAGCUGCAACAAACUGACCCAGUGAACCCAAUAGUCCAGCAUUGCGAUAAUCCUCCAUUUUACCGUUUUGCUGCCAGUAACAAAGCCUCAGCUGCAGCUUCUGGAACCACCUCUAGCAGUAACACUGUUGUAGCUGGCCAAGAUAGUUUUCCUGAUGUAGAGGAGAACAGAAUGGUGAAAGAGACUGAUGAAAGGUUCAGUAAUGUAAUCAGAGCACAUACCCGACUAGAAUCGAGAUACAGUAAUAGCUCCGGAGGAUCUUAUGAUGAUGACAAAAAUGAUCCUGUUUCUCCAUAUACAAGCUGGUUAUUGAAUAUUGUUGAAACCAAACAACCACACCCCCUGCCCAUGCCUUACAACGGAGGAUGUUGGGCACCACUUGUGGACUACCUCCCAGAAACCAUUACACCCCGGGGACCACUUCAUAGGUGCAAUAUUGCUGUCAUCUUCAUGACUGAGAUGGUAGUGGAUCACAGUGUGAGAGAAGAUUGGGCUCUUCACCUCCCUUUAUUGGUACAUGCUCUCUUUUUAGGUCUUGACCAUUACCGCCCUGAGGUCUUUGAACACAGUAAAAAGUUACUGCUUCACCUUUUGAUUGCAUUAUCUUGCAAUAGCAACUAUCAAGCCAUUGCAUCAGUGCUCCUUCAGACCAGAGAGAUGAAUGAGAUCAAGACUCUGACAGUACAACCAGCAUACUUACCUGAAUAUCUUUAUACAGGUGGCUUUGACUUUCUGCGGGAAUACCAGUCAUCCCCGGUGCCAGACUCCGGCUUGAGCUCCAGCUCCACCUCCUCCAGUAUCAGUCUGGGAGGCAGCAGUGGAAAUCUCCCCCAGAUUACACAAGAGGUUGAGGACAUGGACACUGCUGCUGAAACAGAUGAGAAAGCAAACAAAUUAAUUGAGUUUCUGACAACCAGGGCAUUUGGUCCACUUUGGUGCCAUGAAGAUAUCACACCGAAAAAUCAGAACACCAAGAGUGCUGAACAGCUUACUAAUUUUCUGCGUCAUGUUGUAUCUGUAUUUAAAGAUUCCAAGUCAGGUUUUCAUCUGGAGCAGCAUCUGAGUGAAGUUGCUUUACAAACAGCUCUUUCAAGCUCUUCAAGACAUUACGCAGGUCGCUCUUUCCAGAUAUUCAGGGCCCUAAAGCAGCCCCUUUCUGCACAUGCAUUGUCUGACCUCCUGUCAAGAUUGGUGGAAGUUAUUGGAGAGCAUGGAGAUGAGAUUCAGGGGUAUGUAAUGGAGGCACUACUUACUUUGGAAGCUGCUGUUGAUAAUCUGUCUGACUGUUUGAAGAACAGUGAUCUUUUGACGGUGUUAUCACGUUCGUCUUCGCCAGAUUUAACAUCAAGCACCAAACUGACCGCAAACCGAAAGAGCACAGGACAGCUGAAUGUCAAUCCUGCAAGUGGUAACACGGCCACUGCUGAACGAAGCAGGCACCAGAGGAGCUUCUCUGUACCCAAAAAGUUUGGAGAUGUGGACAAGUCCUCGGACCCACCACGCAGUGCCACACUAGACAGAAUUCAGGCGUGCACCCAACAAGGCCUGUCCUCUAAAACAAGAAGCUCAUCUUCUCUGAAGGACAGUCUCACUGACCCAUCCCAUAUUAACAAUCCAACCAACCUCCUGGCCACCAUCUUCUGGGUUGCUGUGGCUUUGAUGGAAUCAGAUUUUGAGUUUGAGUAUCUAAUGGCAUUGCGGUUACUGAAUAAACUUCUGGCUCACUUGCCACUAGAUAAAGCUGAAAACCGGGAGAAGUUAGAGAAGUUGCAAGGGCAGCUGAAGUGGGCAGACUUCUCAGGGCUUCAGCAGCUACUCCUGAAAGGAUUCACCUCCCUUACUACCACUGAUCUCACGCUACAGCUCUUCAGUUUGCUGACACCAGUGUCUCGAAUAUCCAUGGUGGAUUCCUCUCAAGCUAUAGGAUUUCCACUGAAUGUUUUGUGUCUCCUGCCCCAUUUAAUUCAGCAUUUUGACAGCCCAAACCAGUUUUGUAAAGAUAUAGCCGAAAGGAUUGCUCAGGUUUGUUUGGAGGAGAAGAACCCCAAGCUAUCAAAUCUUGCACAUGUCAUGACCCUUUAUAAAACACACAGCUAUACAAGGGACUGUGCUACCUGGGUAAAUGUGGUUUGCCGUUACCUUCAUGAGGCAUUUGCUGAUAUCACUUUGAGUAUGGUUACAUAUUUGGCUGAGCUACUAGAAAAGGGCCUUCCGAGUAUGCAACAGUCCCUCCUACAGAUGAUCUACAGUCUUCUUAGUUAUAUGGACCUGUCAGCUAUUCCUGUCAAACAGUUUAACAUGGAAGUGCUAAAAACCAUUGAAAAAUACGUACAGAGCAUUCACUGGAGAGAAGCCUUGAAUAUCCUGAAGUUGGUAGUUUCUCGUUCUGCCAGUUUAGUUUUACCCUCCUAUCAACACAGCGAUCUUUCAAAAAUGGAAAUACAUCGAGUGUGGAACAGUGCCUCCAAGGAGCUACCAGGGAAGACUUUAGAGUUUCAUUUUGAUAUUUCAGAGACUCCAAUUAUUGGGAGACGGUACGAUGAGCUGCAAAGUUCUUCUGGACGAGAUGGUAAACCCAGGGCAAUGGCUGUCACUCGAAGCACUUCUUCAACCUCUUCAGGAUCUAACUCCAAUGUCCUUGUUCCUGUGAGCUGGAAGAGACCCCAGUACUCUCAGAAAAGGACAAAGGAAAAGCUGGUGCAUGUUCUUUCUCUGUGUGGUCAGGAAGUUGGGCUGAGUAAAAACCCUUCAGUAAUUUUUUCCUCCUGUGGUGAUUUGGAUCUGAUUGAGCACCAGACGAGCUUGGUGUCUUCAGAAGACGGAACAAGGGAGCAGGAGAACAUGGAUGAUUCAAACAGUGAACAACAAUUCAGAGUCUUUAGGGACUUUGAUUUCCUAGAUGUUGAGCUGGAAGAUGGGGAGGAACUUCAGGGUGAGAGCAUGGACAACUUCAACUGGGGAGUACGCAGACGGUCCCUGGAUAGCCUGGACAAGUGUGACAUGCAGCUGCUGGAAGAGAGCCAGCUCUCGGGGAGCACGCCCAGCCUGAACAAAAUGAACCAUGAGGACUCCGAUGAGUCAUCAGAGGAGGAGGACCUGACCACCAGCCAAAUCUUGGAGAACUCAGACCUAAUUAUAACUCUUUCCCCAUCUGAGGAUACGAAUCAUAUUGACUCACUUUCUACAUCGUGUGGCACAACCUCAGCAGACCCUCAUCAUUUUAAUAUAGGAGCAUCCAGCUUUGAUGUGUCUUUGCCUGAUAUGAAUAAUCUCCAAGUGUCUGAAGGAUCCAAGGUUGAAGCUGUACAUGAAGAACAAGAUACAGCAGUCCACGAGGAUGACCUUUCGGGGUCUACAAAUGAACUCCCUGGAGCAUUUGAAUGCAGUGAUAGCCUUAGUCUGGAUAUGACAGAGACUGAAGAGAAAGUUGACAGGCUGGAACAAUUUGCUCUUGCUAGUUUUGGAGAUGUUGAUCGAAAUGCCUCCCCUCCUCCCUCACCAUUUUUUUCUGCCAUCCUUGCUGCAUUCCAGCCAGCAGCAUGUGAUGAUGCAGAAGAAGCCUGGCGUAGUCAUAUCAACCAGCUCAUGGGCGACUCUGAUGGUUCCUGUGCAGUGUAUACAUUUCAUGUGUUCUCUUCCCUGUUUAAGAAUAUUCAGAAAAGAUUCUGCUUCCUAACCUGUGAUGCAGCUAGUUACUUGGGAGACAACCUGCGAGGAAUAGGCUCCAAGUUUGUGAGGUCUUCUCAGAUGUUAACAUCAUGUUCGGAAUGUCCCACCCUUUUUGUAGAUGCAGAAACACUGCUCUCUUGUGGCCUUCUUGAAAAGCUGAAGUUCAGUGUUUUAGAACUGCAGGAGUACCUGGACACAUACAACAACAGAAAAGAAGCAACGCUCUCGUGGCUUGCAAACUGCAAAGCAACGUUUGCUGGGGGCUCACGAGAUGGAGUUAUUACCUGCCAGCCAGGGGACUCAGAAGAAAAGCAAAUGGAAUCUCUUGCACAACUGGAACUGUGUCAGCGAUUAUAUAAACUGCACUUCCAGCUGCUGUUGCUUUUUCAGUCCUACUGUAAACUUAUCGGACAAGUGCAUGAAGUCAGUUCCAUGCCAGAGCUGUUAAAUAUGUCAAGAGAACUGAGCGAGUUGAAGAAAAAUCUUAAGGAUGCUACUGCUGCCAUCGCAGCUGAGCCUCUGACGGCAGAAUCUGAGCCCACAUUCAAUUCUACAGAAGCAGCUAUUCAGUCCAUGCUGGAGUGUUUGAAGAACAAUGAACUUGUUAAAGCCGUCCGACAAAUAAGAGAAUGCAGGAUUUUGUGGCCCAAUGAUAUCUUUGGAAGUAGCUCUGAUGAUGAAGUCCAGACACUACUGAACAUUUACUUCCGGCACCAAACCUUGGGUCAGACGGGCACCUAUGCACUGGUGGGCUCCAACCAGAGCCUGACUGAAAUCUGUACCAAAUUAAUGGAACUGAAUAUAGAGAUCCGCGACAUGAUUCGCAGAGCUCAGAGUUACCGGGUCAUCAAUACUUUUCUUCCAGACUCCAGCAUUUCUGGCACAAGUCUCUGACAGGACUCUUGUGUCCUCUUUCAAGCUGGGAGUGCUGCCCUGUUGGAGUGAGGUGGCUCAAUGUCUUCUCAGCCUUACAAAGGUUUGGUCAAACUGUACUCACUCUUGUUACAUUUAGGAUUUCUUCUAAAAAGAUAUGGGCUGAACUUCAAACGUGUAGCAAUACUGUAAGGACAAAGGUAGCAUAGAGCAUCCGGGACAACAUCCUUUGUUGCACAAAAAUCAGUUAGCAUUUCACUGAGCAACUGCAACUCACUACUGAAGAAGUGACUUCCAUUGCAUACCAAAGCCUACUACACUGAACAAUACUUCCUUUAUAGCAAAUUAAUUUUAGGUUGGCAAAAGUGCAAUGUUUCCUUCACGAAAUAGUAUUUUUUGUUAAAAAAAAACUUGUACAUUUUUUCCUUUUUCUCUUAUUUGGUUGAGUGAAAGAUGGGCAGAAUGAAGCUGGCCACAGAAUCUCGCAAACUUGUUGGUCAAAAGCUGAGAGCCUGUGUAUAUGAAACAAAUUGUAAAUGGACUACAGUUUAAUGUACACUGUAAUUUGAAUAUGAUUACUGUAUCUUAAAACAACGAGCUGCUAUGAAGUACAUUUCCUAAUGUUACUAGGCUACUGUCUCUGAAGGUACUGGAUCAUAUCACAGAGGUCUGUUCUUAGGCCCCCCAAGCAUCAUGAAUGGUCUUGGUAGAUUUUCUUUUUUUUUUUUUUUUUAAAGGACCUUGGCUGCUUUUUACUAGAGGGUUGCUUUUAUGAAUAUAUUUAUACUAUUAAAGGAUGGUCGAUCUAAUUUAACUUGCCAUUUUGUAGGAGAAAGUCCCAUCACAGACUCAAAUCUUUUCAACUGUUAUGCAUGCAUAUUUUUAUUUAAUACAAAUUUUGAGUAUAAAAAGUAAAAAUAUUAAUGUGAAAUGCAAGUUCUCAUUUUAAGUUUCUUUAAAGAGAUGUCUUAUUUUAUUUGUAAUGUAUAUAUAAAAGUCAUACAUGUAUCGUUUUUUUCUUACAUUUAACUGCUGUCCAGUGUUAAAUGUAUGCAUGUAAAUCUGUUGCACAUCUGAGACACUUUUAUUCUGACAACUAUGUAACUUAUUCACUCUGUAAAUACACUUACCGUUUUUGUGACGUAACUUUGGUUGAUACUUGGAUCAGUACAUCCAUUUAACUAAAAUAUAAAAGUCAUAUAUAAUCACAA